UGUUUCGCAACAAAUUCAGCAACAAUCAUGCGAACAAGUUGUCUGCGGGCGGACGUCGUGCGCAUAUCAAUUCAAUAAGUUGUUAACUGAGCAAAAACAAAAAAAAACAGCAACGGUUAAAAGAAAAAAAAGGAAACUUGAACAAGACUGUCACAGAAAAGUGUCUUGUCUUCCAAACAGUUAAUGACAAUACAACAACAACACACAAAACAAUAAAGAAAACAUAUACAUACAUAUAUAAAGGAGAGCUCCCCACCUUUUCCAUAAAGAUCAAAUCAGAUAUGGAUCAUCAUAAUCAUGGUGCUCCCGCAGUGGAGACGAUAGAUCAUUCCAUGCACCAUGGUCACGCUGGCAUGCAUCAUGAUCACAGUGGCCUGGGCAGUGGCACUGUAACAGAUCCCACAGUUUUGGCCAGCGAUAUUUCCGCGACGACGCCCAUGAGCAUGGGAAUGCAGCAUGGAGCAGGUCAUUAUCAUGGUGGCGGCACUGGCACUGGCAUGGAGCACAUGAUGUCAAUGGCGUUUCACUUUGGUUACAAUGAGACAAUUUUGUUUUCCUGGUGGCACAUUGAUACAGUGGCUGGUUUGAUUGGUUCCAUGAUUGCCAUUUUCCUGUUGGCAUUACUCUACGAGGGUCUCAAAUACUAUCGUGAAUAUCUGUUCUGGAAGACAUACAAUUUGCUAGAAUAUCGUCCAGUGACAGGACCUCAACGUAAUCCAGAGGCACCUCGCUUACCAUCGCCAGCGGCGGCAGCUCCUUCGCCCGUGCAAUACGUUGGCGAAGUUGUGCACAAACAACCACCUUCGAUGUUGUCGCUGAAUCAUCUAUUUCAGACGCUAUUGCACAUACUUCAAGUGACAUUAUCCUUCCUGCUUAUGCUGAUCUUUAUGACCUACAAUGUCUGGCUAUGUCUGAUGGUUGUCCUUGGAGCAGCAAUUGGCUAUUUUCUAUUCUGCUGGAAGAAAUCGGUUAUUGUCGAUGUCACCGAGCAUUGUCACUAGCAGCUACAGCAAAAUGGAGGCAGAAAUUGUGGCCAGAGGAUGGUAGCGAGUAGCAGCAGCUCCAGCCAGAGUUGUUUAACACGAACCAUUGUGGAGCAGUCGAUGGCUAUGAGUGAGGAGGAAGAGGAGGUGGUGGAACAACAUGUUCCAGAGCAGGAGCAGGAGGAGCCCAUGAUCUAAAUGGUGCUAUAUAUAUAUAUAUAUAUAUAUAACGCUGACUGCCUAAAUUUUCGAAAUAGGAAAUGAUCCCCCACAUAACAAACACACAUGCACUCAGGCACACACACACACACACACAUACAUACACACAUUUAUUCAUAAAAAAAAACGAAAUGGCUUUUACAAUCAACUAGUGUGAAUUUUCAUUACAACAAAAGCAAUAGGGUCAAAGCAAAUUGUAAAGUUUCCUCUCCUUUUUUUUUUGUUUGUUUGAGAUUAAGUAAAAAGUGCAAAAGAACAAAAAUCACACCAUAAGAGCCAUUUAUUUAUAUUUGUUUAUUAACGUUUCUUUUAGUUUUUGUAUUUUCUUGAAAAUAAAAUUUGUAAAACACACACACACACACACAUACACAGAGAGAGAGAGAGAGAGAGAGAAAGAAACAAAUUUUUAGUACUCAAAACAAAAAUUGUAGAAAUAAUGAAAAUUGUUUAUUUAUCGAAAGCUCAGCUCAAGGCACAGGAUAUUUUUUUUUUCUUUUUUGCUUUUGUUUUAUUACCCAAAACCAAGAAAAAACACGAAAAAACCAACAAUUAUUAUCAAUAUUUUAUGUCCCCUAUUAUAUUAUUUUGUUAAUAAAAUGCAAAGUUUUUUAAUAUAUAUAUAUAUACACACAAAAUAUACACAAAUAUGUAUUUAAAUUUUUUAUUAAUCAUAUUACGAAGAAGAAAAAGACAGAAAUCAAAAUUGAGUCUUGUUAAUAAUUGCUCUGUAAAAAAGAAACUGUUUGAAUUCCUUUUAAGAUACAACGCUACUAUAUAUAUAUAUAUAUAUAUACAUGCAGAACAUAUACAAUAUGUAUAUAUAUAUGUAAAUCAUUCAAAUAUGCCUAUUAUACAUACAUAGCUCAUGUAGAUAUUAAACGAUAUGAAAAAGCAAAUGCAUACAGUAAAUGGUAAAUACAAAUUUAUUUGUAAACUUUAAUAAAUAUAUAUAAUAUAUAAUAUGGAAAACCAAAAA